ACCUGGUGAAUUUGUCGCGCAUGCGCAAAAUUCACUUUUUGUUGUGCGCGAACGGAAUUCGCGCACGCGAGAUAUUACGAGCGCGAAAAUCUCGACAGCAACUCUUCACAAAGAAACGGAAAAGAGCGGGCGAGAGGAUAAUAUUAUUUAAUACUGAAAUUGGCGUAAUUUUCAGAAACUAUUGGAAGAAAGCCAGUAUUCAACGGUAUUGAUUUUUUUUGCUCGAAUAAGACAUUGCGCCCGAUACGCAUGCGCGAAACUUCCUACCCGGCUAGCAACAACGCGCCAAUCCGGAUGAGAUACUGGAAAGAUUCAAACUUGAACGUGUGCAACGUACGUUUGACUUUGUCGUUGGCUCUGCUGUGAGAUGUUUGCUCUGUCCGUCCUGUCCCGUCUUCAAGGAUUUUUGUGAUCAACCUGGGUCUCGAGCGUACGGGCCGAAAGCAACGGCAAGGAUCGCAGGGAGAGGAAACGCACACGAGUUCUUGACGAGUAAUUUGCGUGACGGGAGUCGUAAAAAACGCACAUAAAUGGUCCCAUAUUAUUAAUUACUACUGAGUGACAUAGCGAUUGUUUUUAUUUUUAUGACCUGAUACAUAUAUAAUUUUGUAUACACUAACAAUGGAGGAUCACUUUGAUGUCUGCGCACCUCAAUAUGUAGAUUUCAUUACGACCUGCAGCCCAGCAAGGAUACCAGAUUUCUUUGAACAAAUGCAUGACAUGCAUGAACCCUUAGAGAAAUUUACUUCCAUAAAUACAGAGAAUGCUCAGCUUGAAAAUGAAACUGAUGACAUAAAGGCACAGGCAGAGUUGGAUGUUGUGAAAAGUACUCCUGUCAAAGUAAUCUCCCCUAAAUGUCGUAAUAAUAAGGAAGUAGUAGAAGAGACCACUUACGAAGAGGUCAUCAGCGAUGCGAUGAAGAAACUUGAACUUUGUAAAAAACCAUUUAAAACUCGAGAAGCACUUAACAAAACUGUUACCCAGGAGCCAGUCGUUUUCAAGACACCUAAUAUGUCUAAAAUUGCUAAAUCCUCCAGAUCUGUUGGGUGUCGCAGUGUGCCGAAUAAAUGUGUUCCACAUCAACAAAAUUUACCAAGAUCCACAAAGGUUAACAGAAACAUUUGUACUCAGAACAAUGACACGUCUGCAAACAUGAAACGACCAUUGGUUAAUCAAGCUCUGUUUAAGCAAGAUAAAAAUGAAUCCAAGAACAAUACUUUCAAGGGACCAAAUAAUGUAGUAGAUAAUUCUCAAGCUAAAGAGCAAAAUAAGCAGGAAAAUGAGGAAUAUAAUGAGAAGAAUAAUGAGGAACAUGUAAAAGAUGCUAAAAAAUGUAACAAAAUAGACAAUAAUGAACACAAUGUGGAAGUUGAAGAGUUAAAAGAUGAACCAGAAGAAUCGACGGAUAAUAAGAAAAUUAAGAAAGAGAACGAUCAGGAUGAUGUGGAUGCUACAGUUGAAGACAAAAAAGAUAAUCGACAGUCUUCAAAUAAGCACACAGUUCUUACUUGGUGCAAUCACAGACCAAGUUUGCAAAAACGUAGACUGUCAGGUAGCAAGAAAUACGUCAGUCUGGCGGAGGCGGUAUCGCGCUUCCAAAAUGACACGCCCGAGCGUUUUCGCACUAGGAGUAAGGCGAACAUGACAAUGCCGCUUAACAUGUCAAAGUUGAUGCAAAAUCGUUUGAAACCAACGAUACCGAUUUCGCCGGCGCUUAUCUCAAAGAACAGGGCGCGUCCUGUUACCGUGCUGAGCCAGGAAGAGCGUGAAAAACUGGAAAUUGAGGAAAUGAAGAAGUAUCAGAUAAAGGCCAAUCCGAUACCACCUAACGUGCUGCGAGGAUCGCGGAAGACGAUCGGUUUCGUAAGGAAAUCGAUGGCAGUAGCGCAUAAGCCUGUGACAAAAUCUAAUGAAAAUGUUUCUAUCACAAAUUCGAUUCAACCCAAAAAUCCGCCACCACAUCGCGAUAAAGUGUUACCCGAUUCAAAGAACAUGGUCACGAAGGUAUUGGUGACCGAUCCUGCAGGUAUUAUUGUAAAACGGGAGGAAAUAACAUUCCUUGGUGUGCCGAAUAAUAACGGCAUUACGAAAAACGUGACACGUAUCGUGCCAUUCAGCUUUGAGGCGCGUAACAAGGAUAUGCAAAUAAAAAAGGAGCAACGAUUGAAGUGUCUGCAAGAGGCCAAUGAGGCGAAACCAGAAUUCCAUGCCAGACCAGUGCCAAAUUUCUCGAAGCCACCGACGCCGCCGGCCAAACAGCAGCAGCAGCAGCAACAGCAGAAUAAGAAUAAGAAAAUACUUCUACCAUGUCCAUUCAGCUUUGAUAAUCGGGACAAGAAAGUGUUUGAAAAAAAGGAGCAGUUGGUAAAGCAGGUGCUCGAAGAAGAUAAACGAGCGCGCGUAUUUCGCGCAAAUCCAGCGCCGAUUUUCAAACCCGUAAUGGUUCGUGGUAGAUCUAAAGAGCAUCUUUUGACGAAGGACAAGAAUACGAAGAACGAACGAGCUGAAGAUCAGGAGAACAGAGAGCCGAACAUUGAUUCUUCUAAAACACAGAGCGAGAAUAAAGAAAAAACAAAAAACACUAUUGAUAAACAGAAAGCACCAUUAAAAGCCUAUCCAUUGACAUUGAAUACUGAUAAACGGGCGAAAGAACGAUACGAAUUUAACGAGAAACUGAGACGUAAGGAAAUGGAGGAGGAGGCAAAGCGUCAAGAAGCAGAAAAACAGAGACUCGAAUCCGAGAAAAUGAUGCAGACGAAACUGCGCAAGCUUGCGGAGGUGAAAGCCAAACCGAUGCCAAUAUACAAAUCCCCGAUGGUUGUCAAAGCAACGAAACCGCUGACCGAUCCGCAGAGUCCUGCAUUUGCAAGUAAACUCAGAUCAAAGCAAACAUGAAUAUGACGCAUUAAAACGUGAACAUUUAUUAGAAUAUUUUGCUUCAAAAUUAUAUAUAAUAUCGUAACUCGCCUUGUAUAUUUUAUAUAAAGUUAUAACACACUAUAAUGUUAUAUGAAUAAAAAGAUCUAGUUUAGAUUUAAUGGUAA